AUGGAGGUGUCGGACGCGAUCGCCGGCCUCUUCCUACUGCUGUUCGGCAUCAUCGGCUGCGCGCUCUACUCGCUGAUCGUGUGCUCGAUGUGGCGAAUGUCGACGGAGAUCGUCGGCUUCCGAUUCCUCAUUAGUCAGGCGAUCACCGACGUUCUUCUAAUGAUACAGUUCGGCGUGUGGCCGGGCGUCGUCAUCCUCAUCCAGCACGAGAUCAUCGAUCCGUCUUGGCGAUGGACGGUGCACAUCUAUCUCGACUUCACCUGGUGGGCCAUGGUCUACCAUUAUACGGUGAUCGCGUGGUCGCGUUGGGCCGCCGUCCAAUGGCCCAAUUGGUUUCGGACGCUUCCGCACGGCACCUGUGUGCUCAUCUGCGCGCUUCCCUGGUUCGUCGGACUGCUUCAAUCGUUGGUCGAGCAUCAGUUCGACUGGUUCGAGCCGCUCUAUUAUAGUCCGUCGCGGUACGGAAUGGACUCGAAUUGGGUGCGCUAUGAGGAGAGCGGCACCAACACCUAUUAUAUGGUGUGCAAUGUGAUACUCAUGGUGUUGCCGUUUCCGUUGUAUGCCGCCGCGUUGGCGGUGCUGUUCAAACGCCAGACGAAUCGCAAUAUUCAAUUGCGCUCGAAAUACUCGCAAACGCCGAUCUGCGCCUCAUCAUACGCGGCUCAACAACGCCAACUGAGCAUCGAAACGCGCCUUCUCGUGCCAUGCAUCAUCAACACGAUUCUAUUCGUCGUCGGUCAGGUGUUCAUCUCGCAAUGCUCGAAACACGGCAAAUGGAUUAACUGGGCGGUGAUGGUGGUGUUCGCCGCCAAUUCGUUCGUCAAUCCGCUCCUCUACCUGUUCUUCAGCAGCGUCAUCCGCAAAGGUGUGCUCAGCAAUUGCCGCAAGAGCUUCUCGCUGUCGGCGAUCUACAACGACUACGAGAUGCGCUCGUCGCCGCGCUCCUCGUCGCUCGUCCUUCGCAUCAAUCAUCGCGAUUCGACGAUCACCACCAAUCUCAAUUAUCGCAUGAAUUCGUCGUGA